AUGGACGUUGACGAGAAUAUAUCAAGUAAAUGUGAAAUUGCUAGUCAAGAUUCACAGAAUGAUCCAAUUACUAAGGAGGAGGGCGGCUCUGAAGGGGCAUAUGCAAAUAAAAAUGAUGGUGUAAAUAAUACUAUGGACGUUGACGACUUACCUCUUUCAGAAGACUCAGCUUUGUCAAAGUCUAGUAAACGGAAGCGUACGAAUACGGAAUCCAUAGAAGCUGCCAAUGAACGAAAGCUAGAGCGGCAAAGAAUUCAAGAAGAGAAGGCUAGGAAAAAAGAAGAAGAUCGUCUUCGUCGUGAGCGAGAACGAGAGCAACGUGAGAUAGAAAAAAAGCAACGAGAAGAAGAACGGCUGGCUGCGAAGAAGAAGCGUGAACUAGAAAAAAUGGAGAAGGAACUUGAACAGCAAAAGAAAAAAGAAGAACGGGAUCAAAAACAAAGAGAAAAGGAAGAGGCAUUGCGCGUUAAACAAGAACAAUUCGCUAGUAGAGAAAAGCAGCAGCUCAAAUUGAAUAAUUUCUUCUCUAGAGGGAAAGCCUCUAACAAAGAGUCUCCCGUCAGAGAACAGGAACAACCAGCAACGGACUUUGAUAAGACCUUUCGUCCCUUCUUUUUGAAAAGCCAAACAGCAUUUGCAAAAUUUCCUCCUUGUGCGCAUUCUUUUGAUCAAUUGGAUAAGCUAUUGACUUCCACCUCUGAUGACUCAUUAACUAUUAAAAAAUUACUUUCUUCGAGUCGCUCUUCCCGGUCUACAACAAAACCACCUCUUGCAGGAUCGCCGAAAGGCUUCCAAUCUCAGUGGGUAAAACAAUGCAUGGAAAGGUUUCAGGAUCCAAUCACCAGUAAUCCAGAAGAUAUAUUACAACAGGUCUCUAAAGCCCCCAUAAAACUUAUAUACUUUGCUGAGGACAUUCGUCCUCCUUAUUUCGGAACGUUUACCAAACAGCACACUGAGGAAGACGUAUACGUCAAUCCAUGGCUUGAAGACAAGAGUAUAGAUUAUGGCUAUGAUUCCGAAGCUGAAUGGGUUGCUGAUGAUGAAGAAGGCGAAGAUUUGGAUAGCGAAGAUGAUGAGCUGGAUAAUUCAGAUGACAAUUUGGAUGAGGCAGAUGCUGGUUUUGUCGAUGACGAUAAUGAUAAAGAAAGUGCUUCAUCUGAAAGAGCAAAUGGUUUGGUUGGUCCUUUACAGCCGAUUAUCGAAGGGCCAUGCUGGGACUCUAAUUUUCUCUCUGAUUUUUCAUGUAUCUCUUUGCUAGAUCCUAUAACGCCUUUCUCUACUUCCUCUAGCUUUCGAAUCAAUCCUCAAAAAAAUUAUUGGGCUCCUCGGGGACGUUCAUCAGAAGUAUCAGUUUCUUCUACUACCCAAGAUACUUCCCCUUCUAGCUUACAGGUAAAAUUACCUUCUGAAGAUCUACCAAACUUCCUCGGCUAUAUCAUCAAAUCCCACGAAAACAAAAUCCUUUUAAUUGAACAUCUACGACAACUCUUUCCUCAUGUCACUAAGAAUGUUAUAAGUGACACCCUCAACAAGGUCGCCGUUCGCCGUGGUAAAGCUGUUUCCGAUGGUUGGGAUAUUAAACAAGAAUUUCAGUCAUUCCUUUCUUCUUAG